AUGUUUCAACGGAAGACUUUGCAAAGGCGGAAUUUGAAGGGCCUUAAUCUCAACCUGCAUGCAGAUAUGAGCAGUAAUGGCCAAUUGCAAGAAAAGACAGAGGCUCAUCAAGAGCAUUCUCGAAUAGAGGGCCACGUGAUGUCCAACAUCAACGCCAUAAAGAACAGCAGCAACUUGUUUUUGCGAAGAGGUCUCAAAAAAAAACUGACAUUGAAUGCAAAUGCCGAUGAGCAGGCAGAACUGAAGCCAAGCUCCGUGGUAGUACAGCGACCGCAAAAUGAAUCUGUUUUGGUCAUGUCAUCAUUGUCUCAAUCUCCAUGUGUGUCAUCAUCUUCUUCUUUGUCAACGCCGUGCAUUAUAGAUGCCUACAGUAAUAAUUUUGGGCUAUCGCCAUCAUCCACGAAUUCCACUACCUCCACGAUCCAGGGAUCGUCCAACGCCGCAACACCUGUAGAAAAUGAACACUCGAUAUCACUACCGCCAUUGGAAGAAAGCCUAUCACCGACCACAGCAGAUUUGAAGGAUACGUUAUCGGGAAACUCAAGCGAUAAUUACAUCCAACUUCAGGAUUUGGUUCAGUUGGGCAAAAUUGGUGCUGGGAAUUCUGGAACUGUAGUUAAGGCAUUGCAUGUUCCCGAUUCUAAAAUCGUGGCCAAAAAGACCAUUCCCGUGGAACAGAACAAUAGCACCAUCAUCAAUCAAUUAGUUAGAGAGUUAUCUAUUGUCAAAAACGUCAAGCCUCACGAAAAUAUCAUAACCUUCUAUGGUGCGUAUUAUAAUCAGCAUAUAAACAACGAAAUCAUUAUCUUAAUGGAAUACUCAGAUUGCGGUUCAUUAGAUAAAAUACUAUCUGUUUAUAAGAGAUUCGUUCAAAGAGAAACUAUUUCGAAUAAAAAAACCUGGUUUAAUGAGCUAACAAUAUCGAAGAUAGCAUGCGGCGUGCUCAAUGGGCUGGAUCAUUUGUACCGACAGUAUAAGAUCAUCCACCGUGAUAUUAAGCCUUCUAAUGUUUUAAUUAAUAGUAAAGGGCAGAUUAAACUCUGUGAUUUUGGAGUUUCCAAAAAACUGAUAAAUUCCAUAGCUGACACAUUUGUUGGGACAUCCACUUACAUGUCACCAGAGAGGAUACAGGGGAAUGUUUAUUCCAUCAAGGGUGAUGUUUGGUCGCUGGGGUUAAUGAUUAUCGAGCUAGUGACUGGGGAGUUCCCACUUGGCGGACACAAUGACACGCCUGAUGGAAUAUUGGAUUUGUUGCAACGGAUCGUUAACGAGCCUUCACCGAGGUUACCCAAAGGCCGUGUUUUUUCCAAAGAAUUGACAGAUUUCGUCAACCGAUGUUGUAUUAAAAACGAAAGGGAAAGAUCAUCGAUCAAUGAAUUACUACACCAUGAUCUCAUAAUGAAAUAUUCGUCACCAUCCAAGGAUGAAAAAUUUAGGCACUGGUGUAAAAAAAUCAAAUCUAAGAUAAAGGAAGAUAAGAGAAUCAAAAGAGAAGCAUUGGAUCGUGCCAAGCUGGAAACCAAGGCAAACAGAAAAUCUAACGAUCUGAAUGCGUCCACUAAAACCAGUUAG